GCGCUAGACAGAAGCAUCGCCAUAUUACGCUCGUGUGAAUCGUGGUAGUAAAGGGUGGCGACUUACUUUACUUUCUCCAACCUUCCAAAAAAAAAAACGCCUGCUCCUGCUCUACUGUAGGCUACUAUUGAUUUUUUUCCUGAACACCAUUGACUGAAUUUGCUGUUAUUGUGAUAAAAUGCCUCGAUAUGCUCAGAUUGUCAUGGGCCCCGCUGGUAGUGGAAAGUCAACCUAUUGUAGCCGUAUGCUGCAGCACUUUGAGAAUAGUCGUAGGACAGCAUUUAUUAUAAAUCUUGACCCAGCAGCAGAGUACUUCAGCUAUCCUGUAUUAGCUGACAUUCGUGAACUAAUUGAGGUGGAUGACGUUAUGCAAGAUUCCACACUGAGUCUUGGGCCCAAUGGAGGUUUGGUGUUUUGUAUGGAGUAUUUUGCAAAGAAUUUUAAUUGGCUUGAGGAGCAAAUUGGAGAAACUGAUGGCGAUUACUUCAUCUUUGAUUGUCCUGGUCAGAUUGAAUUAUACACGCACAUUCCUGUGAUGAGGCAGCUGGUUGAAUGUCUUCAGAGCUGGGACUUCCGACUAUGUGGCUUGUUCCUCAUUGAUUCACAAUUUAUGGUGGACACAGCUAAAUUCUUCUCUGGAACAAUGUCAGCUCUGUCAACAAUGGUGAAUCUUGAAAUACCACAUGUCAACAUAAUGACUAAGAUGGACUUGCUUAGUGCCGAAGACCAAAAUACAGUUGAAAAAUAUCUUGAUCCAGACACCAAUUCGCUGGUAGCCGAUCUCAAAACAAACAGCAAGAAGUUUCAGAAGUUGAAUGAAGCAAUUGCUACACUGAUUGAUGACUACUCACUGGUGAAGUUCACUCCUCUGAACUACAACAACGAGGAAUCUAUUGAGGAGCUGCUCCUCACUAUUGACAUGACCUUACAAUAUGAUGAGGAUCAAGAGGUACGGCCUCCGCCUGAUAUUGACCCUGAUGAUGAUAUUGACUCAGGUGUUGCAGAAGGGUGAAGCAUUGCUUGGGAAACUACUACUGUAGCAUCAAAGUUACUAAAGCUAAGCUGGAUGUUGCCCGCCGAUUGCUGACACACCUGACCACAGGUGAAUCGGUCAUGCGUAACUAAGUUCAUGGCCUUUGAUCUUUAAUGCCAUGCCAUCCUGUAAACCAUCAAAUAUAAUUGGGUCCUUCAACUUCAAAAGUUCUAAUUUGAUUACGAUUCACUAGCUGUAGAAAAAAUAUUUUUUAAAAAAACCAAAUAUGAUUACAGCUUCAAUCUUAAGUUACUUCUAAGUUUCUACAGAUGAUUUACUUCUAAAAAGCGUCAGGAGUAAAAUGUGCUACUUCCACAUAUAAAAGGAAUGUAAGGAAUGCCCACUCAGGGCCUGUUUAUACAACACGCCAUUAGUACACCCCUUAUCAGCACAGCAAACUUAAGAGUGUUGUAUAAACGAGUUUGGAUUCUGUGUGAUUACAAAAUCAUCUGGAAAAGAGGCUAUGGAAUCGCCAUAUUUGAUCGGUGACCCAGGCAAUGGCUACUUGUUUUCGUCAGGCUGCAGCGAGCGGUAAUUAACUCAACUCGAUAAGUCGCUAACAAGAUAAGAGUUUAUUUGGCCAGGUUGGUAAAAUAACAAUUAUCAACAAUGCUUUCUGGUAUCGCAGUACAUUUGAAAUGUUACAUAAUAGAAUUUGAUUGAUUUUCUUGUAUUUUAUCUUUUUGUUGGUUUUAUUGAUCUUGAAUUUCUUUUAGUACUGUAAUUUUAAUUUUUAUUUGUAUAUUUCUGUUAUAGACCUUACUUUUAAGGCCUUUUUGUUAAUUUUCUUUGUUAUGGAUGCACCGCCAAGCAACUGAGUGCCUCUGAUAUAAAAGUGUAUAUCCGAAUAAAUAAUUAUUAUUAAAGAUAGAUGGAUAGAUAAAACAAGCGCAAAUUGUCGUUUUUGUCUGGUUCUUGCUGCAAGAGUAUGGUAUUCCCCAUCCGUUCGUCUGUCCGAUAAGCAUCUGAAAUUCUCUUCUCUGAUUCUGAUGGUACUCAAACGUUAGCAAUGGUAAAUAAAAUGAUCGGUGAAGUAACAACAAAAUAGGAUUACAGGAGGGAAUAUUAACACAAUCAACAGUAAAAAAUCAACUCUUCAAAAACAAACCGCACAAAUUCAGCAGAGGUAGGAUUGCAUUGUUGGUGUGACAUUACAUUGUGUGCUAAAGUAGUACAUAGUGCCAUAUGAUACUUUCGGUGUGUAACACUCGUAAUGGCGUGUUGUAUAAACGGCUAAGUUUGGAGCCUAGGCUCAUCUUGGGCAGUGAAAUAUGUUCAUGGUCGUAACACCGUGUGCAUGUUUAGUGUGUUGUAUAAACACAACCUUAGAAUAUCCCCGUGUGCAUACACUUACUGUACUGCAGAGGUCAUAACUGAAUACAGCCUAGAUUAUGACCUCCAAUUUUCAGAGACAACGAAAGUAUCAUUUCCGGACAAAUACAUUGUUACUUCUAAGCUUUGAAGUAAAAGAACAUUGUGUUCUUGGUAAGCAUCUUGUGGACGCUCUUCUGCAAUAACACGCACAUAUUUGUCUGUUGUAAAUUUACUUCAGACUGAAGGCUAGUAUUACAUAAUUUACAAGUGUGGUUUCUUGAAUGAAUGAUGUUUCUUGCGAAGUGGCCUGUAUAAUUACUUGGUAGUACUGUAUCUCUCUGACUUGUCUUGUCUGCAGUGAUUCUUUACACACUGCUUUUAUUCAUAGCAUAAUGCACACCAGCUACAACACUGGAAGUAAUUGGUGACUACUUAUGCUGAUGUUACAGUAUUUCCAAUAGCUUUUAUUUAUUUAUUUAUUUUUAUUUAUUUAUUUUUUUUGUUACAUAUUCCUCCUUUGUUUUACCGUCUUAUGUUAAAGCAUUUUAUUACAUUGUAUGCAUUCUUCUGCAUUUUCCUGGAAAAAUAGUUAUACAUGUAAAGGGUUUAGGGGUCAUCCAUAAUUAUCAACAUUUUCAAAAGAGUACAAAACAUACUCUUUUCUGUUACCCCCUCCCCUCCCCUUAACUCAUGUAAUGUCAUAAAAAUAAGUUUCAGCCAUUAUGGAAAAAAUAAAUAAAUUACAGAGCUAUAAGAAUAAUCAGUCUUUCUGUCUGUAUGUGGGACCCAUUAUAAUUACGGAGUUGUCAAGAUGAUACCGGCAACUGAUGCAGUUUGUAAUGAAUAAGUCAAAUGUCCACAGUUCUUGCACUCUCAACUUUAUCUCCUUGCAAUAUUUAUUAAUGAGGCAACCGCCUUGACUAUAUUUUAUGUGCCGCCUAUUAAAAGCAUUUUUUUUAUUAUUAA